AUGGCUGUCGACACUUCUAAUUAUAUCCAAGGCCUCGUAAGCCCUCUACACGUCAGCGCGGCUAUCACAGUGGCGCUUUUGACUGCCUUUCUGUGGCGACUGUACAAUGACCUCCUCAGACACAUCCCAGGCCCUCUCAUCGCCCGGUUCACGCCGAUCUGGCUCUGUCUUCACAAGAGAUAUGGUCCAGUUGUGAGGAGCGCCCCCAAUGAAGUCGACGUGUCCGAUGGCGCGGCACUUAAUCUCAUCUACAUCAAGAACGGGGGCUAUUUGAAAAGCCCUAUUUACAGUAAUUACGAUGUCAACGGCUUUGAGACCAUCUUCUCAGCUCUGGACCCAGCUCAUCGGGGGCCGAGGGCGAAAGCUGUUGCGCCCAUGUUUGCCCAUCAACGAAUUGCAAAAGGCAAACCGGAUGUUGACAAGGUUCUCGAUAAUUUUGUGGCUGAGAUGAAACGCAGGAAGGGUGAAGCAAACGGGGGCCCGGUGGAUGUCCUCAACCUGUCUCCCGCUCUCGCUUUACAUACAGUGACCGUGUACCUAUUCGGCGAAUGCUUUAACGGCAUAAGCAAGGAUAGGCUCUGGGUCACCGAGUUCGUCAAUAACUUCGUUUCUGGGGGUCGCUUCUUCUAUCUACCUGGGUGGUUCUAUGACUUUGUCGACGAGUGGGCUGCGAAGCUUGACAAGAAAAGGCUUCUCGUCGCUCAGAGCACCGACAUGAUACAAGAGUAUGCUACUCGGGUGGUUGAUAGAAGCAUUGUCGAAGAAAAGGACCAUGAGCCAGAGACAUUCCAAGGUCGAUUACUGGCCGCUGGGAUCUCGCGCGAGGAGGCUAUAGCCCAAGUUGUUGAUGUCAUGUUUGCUGGUACCGACGAUGCUGGAACUAUGAUGGCGAUCCUUUGCUGGAACUUGGCUCAACAUCCCGAGAAUGCUAACCCAGCUUCAAGAUACGAUCAGGUUUACAAGGAAGUCAUCGAAAAUACUGAACAGGACGCCCAAUCCCUGCCAUAUCUCACAGGUGUCGUCAAAGAAAGCCUACGUCUCUCUAUGGCUAACCCAACUCGGUUCCCUCGCAUCGUCCCUCCUGGUGGAAUGCACGUUCCCGGUCUACCCGACAUCCCAGCUGGUACCAGCGUCGGCGCCGGAGCUUUCAUGCUGCACCAUAAUCCCGAGGUCUUACCAAACCCACGUGAGUUCAUGCCGGAGCGAUGGCUGAAUCCAUCUCAGGAGAUGUUGCGCGACAGCUUCUAUUUCGGAGCUGGCUCACGGCAGUGCAUCGCGCAGAAUCUUGCAUCUGCUGGACUUUGGUGGGCUGCUGAAGCUUUGGUUCGAAGUGAUAUACUUCGGGGCGCAAAGAUUGUUCGGGACAAGAUCGAGAUUGUCGAGUGGUUUAAUGCAAAGAUCGUUGACGAGAAGAUCGAGGUGCAUUGGUGA